CAUUGGUUGCAUUCAGAGGAGCUCGAGAGGUAGUAGUAGAUAGCCAGCUCGUAGAAGUGAGAGUGAUCGAGGAAGGAGAGAAGAGUAGGCUUAUAUUAAUUAGCUUGGAGUUGUGAGAGAGAUUAGUAGUGUUCGAUCAUCAGGCAGAAUGGGUGUGGGGAAAGUUCUGAACGAUGUGAAGCCGUACCUGGCCAUGAUCCUGCUGCAGGUAGGGUUCGCCGGGAUGUACAUCGUCGCCGUCGCCUCCCUCAAGCGCGGGAUGAGCCACUUCGUCCUCGUCGUGUACCGGAACCUCGUCGCCACCGCCGUCAUGGCGCCCUUCGCGCUCUGGUUCGAGAGGAGCGUGAGGCCUAAGAUGACCCUGACCAUCUUCCUCAAGAUCAUGGGCCUCGUCUUUCUCGAGCCGGUGCUCGAUCAGAACCUGUACUUCAUGGGGGCGAACCUGACCUCCGCCGGCUUCGCGUCGGCGCUGAUCAACGUCCUCCCCGCCGUCACAUUCGUCAUGGCGCUCAUCCUGCGGAUGGAGAGGGUGCGGCUGCGGAGCGUGCACAGCCAGGCCAAGAUCGUGGGCACGGCCCUCACCGUCGCCGGCGCGGUGCUCAUGAUCCUGUACCACGGCCCCGUCGUGCAGUUCCCGUGGACCAAGGGGCAGCACCACGACGCCGCCGCCGCCGCCGGCCAGGCCGCCGGCCGCGGCUUCCUCGCGGGGACCCUGUACGUCAUCGUCGCCUGCGUCGCGUGGUCGGGCUUCUUCGUCCUCCAGUCCAACACGCUGAAGAGCUACCCCGCGGAGCUGUCGCUGACGGCGCUCAUCUGCCUCAUGGGCUCGCUGAUGAGCGGCGCCGUCGCGCUCGUCGCCGAGCGCAGCAACAUGCAGGCAUGGGUCAUCGGCUUCGACACCCGCCUCUUCACCGUCGUCUACGCCGGCAUAGUGUGCUCCGGCGUGGCCUACUACGUGCAAGGUCUCGUGUCGAGGCAACGAGGCCCGGUGUUCGUCACGGCCUUCAACCCUCUGUGCAUGAUCGUGACCUCCGUCAUGGGCUCCAUCAUACUCAAGGAACAGAUCACACUUGGAAGUGUGAUUGGCGCGGUGAUCAUCGUGCUAGGCCUUUACGCGCUCAUCUGGGGCAAGAGCAAGGACCACGAGAAUCAGGUCGCCGACGUCUCCGCGUCAGGCGGCUCCAAGGGCGGCGCAGCCGCCGGCGAGCUGCCCAUCACCUUGGCGGCGCAGCCCAACGGCAACGGCAAGCACGAGCAGCUCGGCAGCACCCACGGCCACGUCUUCGACGUCGAGACCCCGGCGACGACCAACGGCCACUACUAGUACUAUACUCCUAAAAGUAUCAACGACUCCAUCGAUCCAUAGACCGUAGAUCGACUGAGUUGGAGCAUACAUGUGGUGCCAUUUUUUCUUCUUCUUCUUCUUCUUCUUCUUCUUCUUCUUCUUCUUCUUCUUCUUCUUCUUCUUCUUCUUCUUCUUCUUCUUCUUCUUCUUCUUCUUCUUCUUCUUCUUCUUCCGUUCUGUUAAUCCCUCCUGAUGAAAUUCUUGUGAGAGAGAGUGCAAGAGAGACAGAGGUGGACCCUUAUUACCUGAUGUAAUGGAGAUAAGGCCAGGACGUGACCGGGUUGUUUAAUCAGUCAGCAAAGAUCAGCUGAUCUUCUGCUUACGUAGUAGCGGUAGAGCUGGAAUUAAUUACUCCAUCAGUGCUUA